GCGUGGCGCAGGCGCGGAGCGUCCCGGGGUGGGCGCCGGGGCGGCCGCGCUCCUGCCUCCUCCUGCCGCCGCCGGCGCGCGCUUCCCGGCGGGCCAACGGCUCCCAGCCGCGGCCGAGGCGUCCGGACGAGCGGCCCGGAGCGCCCCGUGGCGGCGCGACCCUCCCGCGGCCGGGUUCCUCGGGGAGACUCGGACUUGUUGGAGACCUGAUGGCCAAAAGAAAGGAAGAUAAUUUCUGCUCUCCUGAGAAUGCCAAAAGACCAAGACAAGAAGAGGUGGAGGUGGAGGAUUUUGAUAAAGAUGGUGAUGAAGAUGAAUGUACAGAUGCCUUCACUAACGGUACCUCUACUUUGACUGCAGCAGAAGUUGGAAUAAUUGAGAGUAUUCAGCUAAAAAACUUCAUGUGUCAUUCAAUGCUUGGACCCUUCAAAUUCGGUUCUAAUGUUAACUUUGUCGUUGGCAACAAUGGAAGUGGGAAGAGUGCAGUGCUCACAGCUCUUAUCGUCGGCCUUGGUGGAAAAGCAAUUGCUACUAACAGAGGAUCUUCUUUAAAAGGUUUCGUGAAAGAUGGACAGAACUCAGCAGACAUCUCGAUAACAUUGAGGAACAGAGGAGAUGACGCCUACAGAGCAAAUGUGUACGGAAACUCCAUAGUGGUGCAGCAGCACAUCAGCAUGGAUGGCAGUCGGUCUUAUAAGCUGAAAAGCGAAACAGGCACCGUGGUUUCUACUAGGAAAGAAGAGCUGAUUGCAAUUCUUGAUCAUUUUAAUAUACAGGUGGAUAAUCCUGUUUCUGUUUUAACACAAGAGAUGAGCAAGCAGUUUUUACAGUCUAAAAAUGAGGGAGACAAGUACAAAUUUUUCAUGAAAGCAACCCAGCUCGAACAAAUGAAGGAAGAUUAUUCAUACAUAAUGGAAACAAAAGAAAGAACAAAGGAACAGAUAAGUCAAGGAGAAGAGCGACUUGUUGAACUGAAACGCCAGUGUUUAGAGAAAGAAGAACGUUUUCAAAUAAUUGCUGGUUUAAGUACAAUGAAGACUAACUUAGAAGGCUUGAAACAUGAAAUGGCUUGGGCAGUGGUCAAUGAAAUUGAAAAACAACUGAAUGCUAUCAGAGAUAAUAUCAAAAUUGGAGAAGAUCGUGCUGCUAGACUUGAAAGGAAAAUGGAAGAACAGCAGGUCAGACUUAAUGAAGCAGAAAACAAAUACAAAGAUAUUCAAGAUAAACUGGAAAAGAUUAGUGAAGAGACAAAUGCACGAGCACCAGAAUGCAUGGCAUUGAAAGCAGAUGUCACUGCUAAGAAAAGAGCCUAUCAUGAAGCCGAAAUUGUAUAUAGCCGUUCCCUGGAUGAGUAUAGAGCAUUAAAGAAAGAUGAUGAGCAGCUUUGCAAAAGAAUUGAAGAACUAAAAAAAAGUGCCGAUCAGUCUUUGGAACCUGAGCGGUUGGAAAGGCAAAAAAAAAUAACUUGGUUAAAAGACAGAGUAAAGGCCUUACAGGAUCAAGAAAUUUCUGUCAAUCAAGAGAUGGAGCAGUUUCAGCAAGCCAUAGAAAAGGACAAAGAAGAACAUACUAGAAUUAGGAGAGAAGAAUUAGAUGUGAAGCAAACACUGAGCUAUAAUCAGAGGCAACUGAAAGACCUGAAAGAUAGCAAAACUGAUCGACUGAAACGAUUUGGCCCUCAUGUUCCAGCUCUUCUGGAAGCAAUAGAUGAUGCUUAUAGACGUGGGCACUUUACCUAUAAACCUGUAGGCCCCUUAGGAGCUUGCAUUCAUCUUCGGGAUCCUGAGCUUGCUUUGGCUAUUGAAUCUUGCUUAAAGGGACUUCUGCAAGCUUAUUGCUGCCAUAACCAUUCUGAUGAACGAGUCCUUCAAGCACUGAUGAGAAAGUUUUAUUUACCGGGCACCUCACGGCCACAGAUAAUAGUUUCUGAGUUUCGGAAUGACAUGUAUGAUGUACGACACAGAGCUGCCUAUCACCCGGAGUUCCCAACGGUGCUGACAGCUUUGGAAAUAAAUAACGCAGUCGUUGCAAACAGCCUGAUUGACAUGAGAGGAAUAGAAACAGUGCUGCUAAUCAAAAGUAAUUCUGUAGCUCGUGCAGUGAUGCAGUCCCAAAAGCCACCCAAGAAUUGCAGGGAAGCUUUUACUGCUGAUGGCGAUCAAGUAUUUGCAGGACGUUACUAUUCAUCUGAAUAUACAAGACCUAAGUUCCUAAGCAGAGAUCUAGAUUCUGAAAUAAGUGAAUUGGAAAAUGAAGUUGAAAAUAAGAAGGCCCAGAUAUUAAAUUUUCAGCAACAUUUGUCUGCCCUUGAAAAGGAUAUUAAACGCAAUGAAGAAUUUCUUAAAAGGUACCAAUUACGAUAUAAAGAAUUAAAGAUGAAAAUAAGAAAAAGUAUUUCUGAAAUUCAGGAACUUGAGAAUAUAGAAGAACAUCAGUCUGUAGAUAUUGCAACCUUGGAAGAUGAAGCUCAAGAAAAUAAAGUAAAAAUGAAAAUGGUUGAGAAAAGUAUGGAACAACAAAAAGAAAAUAUGGAAUAUCUUAAAAGUCUGAAAGUAGAAGCAGAAAACAAGUAUGAUGCAAUUAAACUGAAAGUUAACCAGCUAUCAGAGCUAGCAGAUCCACUAAAGGAUGAAUUAAACCUUGCUGAUUCUGAAGUAGAUACCCAAAAACGAGGGAAGCGGCAUUAUGAAGAAAAGCAGAAAGAACACUUGAAUACUUUAAAUAAAAAGAAACGAGAACUGGAUACGAAAGAGAAAGAACUAGAGGAGAAAAUGUCACAAGCAAGACAAAUCUGCCCAGAGCGGAUAGAAGUGAAAAAGUCCGCAUCAAUUCUAGAUAAAGAAAUUAAUAGAUUAAGACAAAAGAUCCAGGCAGAACAUGCAAAUCAUGGAGAUCGAGAGGAAAUAAUGAGGCAGUACCAAGAGGCAAAAGAAACCUAUCUUGAUCUGGAUACUAAAGUAAAGACUUUAAAAAGGUUUAUUAAAUUAUUGGAAGAAAUAAUGCACCAUAGAUUCAAAACAUACCAACAAUUUAGAAGGUGUUUGACUUUACGAUGCAAAUUAUACUUUGACAACUUACUAUCUCAGAGGGCCUAUUGUGGAAAAAUGAAUUUUGACCACAAGAAUGAAACUCUUUCUAUAUCAGUGCAGCCUGGAGAGGGGAACAGAGCGGCUUUCAACGACAUGCGAGCCCUGUCCGGCGGCGAGCGCUCCUUCUCCACUGUGUGCUUCAUCCUCUCUCUGUGGUCCAUUGCCGAGUCUCCCUUCAGAUGCCUGGACGAGUUUGAUGUCUACAUGGACAUGGUGAACCGGAGGAUCGCAAUGGACAUGAUCCUGAAGAUGGCAGAUUCCCAGCGCUUCAGACAGUUCAUCCUGCUCACCCCUCAGAGCAUGAGCUCACUUCCAUCAAGUAAACUGAUUAGAAUUCUUCGAAUGUCUGAUCCUGAAAGAGGGCAGACGAUACUGCCUUUCCGACCCGUGGGUCAAGAGGAAGAAGAAAACGGAAGCUGAUUGUCUUGUGUUGGAAGCUCUGUAAAGGGAAAAGAAUUCAGGACUAUUUGAUGUAAUAAAAUGGAACUGCAGAUAUUCUGAAAUAAAAGAGAAUCCUUUGUAUAGAUGACCACAGUAAAAUAUGUAAAUAACUUUAGAAAACCAGCCACAACCAGCAAUUUAAAAUUACUCUUACUUUACUUGGAGAAAAUCGGUUUCACAGUACUGGUUUUAAAUCCUUUUAUGUUUAUUUGUUUAUUUGUUUCAUUUUGUUUUAUUUUUAGCCAUCUACUUUUCUAGAUUCUUUUUCAGAAGUAAAAUUUUGUACAUAUGUACAUGUACAUAUCUGUUUCAUUUGGGUUCAUUUCUAUAGAAUGAAAUUUGUAAGAAUGAAAAUAAACGUUUUGAUUCCCUGAU